AGCGUCGCUGUGCUUGACAGCAGCAGGAAGCGUCGAUGACAACAUGGUUGUGUAAAAGAAACAUCUUCCGCUCUUACCAAACACAGCAUCGUUUUUCGACAAAAGCUCCAACAGCUCGGAGGACAGAAUGUUACUCUCGUCAUUGCGUACAACGAUGUUCUGCGGUUGCAGAAUCGCUUACAAGGGGCUUCAACACAGCAACCGGAGUCCACAACUACGACAAUGGCUUGUGAAGAGAGGGAAGAGUUCCAUUACAACAGAGGUGCAGGCCUCAUCUGUCCAGGCAGCAGUAUCUGUUCCUAAUGCAGCUACAAAUCGCAUAAUAGGUCGCUGGUUGCUGGGCUGCAGUGGGCUGGUGGUCGGGGCUAUUGUUUUGGGUGGUGUCACCAGGUUAACAGAAUCUGGGCUUUCCAUGGUGGACUGGCAUCUGGUGAGAGAGAUGAAGCCACCUCAGUCACAGGAAGAGUGGGAGGCUGAGUUUUCCAAGUACAAGCAGUUCCCUGAAUUCAAAAUAUUAAACCAUGACAUGACUCUGUCAGAGUUUAAAUUCAUCUUCUUCAUGGAGUGGGGUCACAGAAUGUGGGGCAGACUGGUUGGACUUGCAUACAUCGUUCCCACUGUUUACUUCUGGAGGAAGGGAUACUUCACCAGAUCCAUGAAGGGAAAAGUGUUGGGGCUUUGUGGAUUUGUCUUCUUUCAGGGGCUUCUGGGAUGGUACAUGGUAAAAAGUGGACUGGAGGAAAAGCCGGACUCUUAUGACAUACCACGGGUCAGCCAAUAUCGUUUGAGUGCUCACCUUGGAUCUGCCUUGCUACUCUACUGUGCCAGUCUCUGGACAGGACUUACUUUGCUGCUGCCUGCACAGAAGAUGGUAGAAACCAACCGUCUCAUGCAGCUCAGGAGGUUUGCCAAGGGUACUGGUGGGCUCGUCUUCCUCACUGCUCUUUCAGGUGCCUUUGUUGCCGGUUUAGAUGCUGGGCUGGUGUAUAACUCGUUUCCUAAGAUGGGAGAACGGUGGAUCCCAGAUGAUCUGCUGGCCUUCUCUCCCAAGCUCAAAAACAUCUUUGAGAAUCCCACAACUGUGCAGUUUGACCACAGAAUUUUGGGAAUUUCCUCUGUGACUGCAAUCACAGGCCUUUAUCUGUUCUCAAGAAGGAUGGUGCUGCCCAGGAGGGCGAAGGUCGCCAUCAGCCUUCUGGCAACAAUGGCAUAUGCACAGGUUGCCCUUGGCAUCAGCACCUUGUUACUAUAUGUUCCCACUUCACUGGCAGCAACUCACCAGUCUGGCUCGGUGGCUCUUCUCUCACUGGCCAUCUGGGUUCUGGCAGAGCUCCGCAAAAUGCCAAAGUAAAUGGCUGCUGUUUCAUGGACAAAUCCAAUAGCCACAGCUCACGCCACCAAAAGCCAGCAGCGACACUGAUCAAGGCAUUUUCCAAACAAGUGAAUCUACAGAAGAGUUCAAAUUGAAGAUGUUUUUUUAUCUCUAUUCAUAUGAAGCAUCAAAGUAACAGUAAAUUAUUGCAUUAGCAGAGGGCUUGAUUAAGUGCUGUUCAUCAACAAGUGACUGGAAGACAAAAUACAAAGACAUGCAAAAGCAAAGAAUUUUCACUUUAUGUUCAACUUUAAUAUCACAGCAACAUGACGUCCAGCUAAGGAUUUAUCUUAACUUCAGCAGGAACAUGUAAAGUGUAUAAACAGAAACACUUAGGUUCAUGUAAAGAUUUCAAACAUUGGAAUGAAAAUGGUGUUACUCACCUGUCUGCUCAUACACUGCCUGUGAAUUGAAUAGAUAUGGCUGUAUAUUUAUGUAUAUUUAAAUUGUGGACUAACUCCUGCUGCUGAUUGUGAAGUAAAAAGAAAAACAUGUUGAAUUA